AUAAUAAUUAAAAAUUGAAACUUGCACUUUAACAAUUAACAAAUUACCUUUAAUAAUUCUAAUAUUAGAAACGUUAUUUAAUUCCAAAGUCGUUUGUUAUACUGAUACGUAACUAUGGAUUAUGUUUAUAACAACCCUAUACGACAAAGAAUUAAUAAAAUCUUCGAUAGCCAUAUUAUAACUGAUAAUAGCGAAGCCUUGUAUACUGUGUCUGGAUUAUGUUCUUCAAAUUCAUCAUACACCCGAAGAGUUUUGGUUAAUGAAAUCGAAAAAAAGGAUUUAUUAGUGAACAAAACUAUUUUGAAUGAAUAUAAUAAAGUUAAGGAUAAAUUGCAAGUGUUAAUUGAUUCUUUAAAUUCUGUUGACAUUGCAGUUAAAGAUAUGUCAAAUAGAUUACAUGAAUCUAAAACUAAAACUCAUCACAUCAUUGCUCAAACGACGAAAUUAAAAGAUGAAAGAAAGAAAACAAAAAAGAAAUUAAUGUGGGUGGAUGCUUUUGUAAAAAAUUUCCAAUUAUCUCCAGAACAAAAUAAGAACCUUUUCAAUUUAUCUCCACUCACUCCAGAUUUCUUUAAUUCUCUAGCACAUAUUGAGAAAUUAAAUAAUAACUGUAGAGCACUUGUGAAGUGCUGGUAUCAAACACCCGCAUUUGAUAUAAUGGAAACUGUUGGACUUCAACAAGAAGCUGCAAUUGAAAAAUUAUACCAUUGGACAAUUGGAGCAUGCUUAAUUGUAGACUCACCAAAUAAUGCUCUAGUUCCGAAAGCCUUAGCUAAGUUUGAAAACAGACAAGUCUUGUUUUCAAAUAUAAUUGAUGAAUAUUGUAAUGCAAGAAAAGCAACUGUUGUACAGUUAUUUAUUGAUGUUUUAACUAAAGGUGGUGAGAAUGGGUCUAAACCAAUAGAAUUUUAUGCAAAUGAUGCUAAACGCUAUAUUGGAGAUAUAUUAGCUUGGGUUUAUCAAAUAAUACCUAUUGAAAAAGAAAAUCUGUCUAUUCUUCUCAAAUACUGUUCUAUGCCUGAUAAAGAUAUUAAAAUAACUGAAGCACUUACAAGUAUAUUGGAGGCUUUGUGCCCACUUCUGAAAGUCAGAGCAGAACUUAUACUUAAUCCAGAUAAAGAUCCACUGGUUCUUUGGGCUAUUACAAACUUAAUAAUUUAUUAUAAAGACAUUAUACAACUUGUUAUUGCAAAAGGUCACAUGAUUGACACUUUUGACGAACUUUCAAAAAAAAGUGAGGAAAUUUUUCUUGUAACCUUAGACAGCAAAAUACAGAAAGAAUUGAGUCAUGGUGUCAAAGCACCUCCAUCAGAUUUAAAUCCAUCUGUUGUUGUUACUGACUUAGUGAGCUUCUUAAGGGAUUUGAUGAAUGUUACAAAUAACACCAACUACACUGAUAAAAAGAUUAUAAUAACACAUAUUUUAGAUCCUCUUUUGCAUGCAAUAAAUGAAACUGCAUGUCAUUUGAGCUCAACUGAUAUGUCUGUUUAUACAUUAAAUUGUAUUUAUCAUAUUCAAUGUACUCUUUCUUUAUAUGCUAUUUUAGAUGAAUAUAAUGAAAGACUACAAGCCCAAUCAGAGGCUCAAGUUGAUACCUUAACAUCUGAACAAGCUAGUUUUCUUGUUGCAAAUCUAAAUAUGGGGCCUAUUUAUACCAUUUUACAGGAAAAGAUUGAUGGACCACUUUCAGCAAUACCUGGAAUGGAUACAAAUUCAUUAAAAACUUUUUUGAAUAAGUUUGACAUGUUCUUGGUAACACCUGAUGUUUAUAUAUUGCCCCAAUUAAAUUUACUUAUAAGUCACACUCAUAAAUCAUUUGUGAAGAAACAAGCAUUUGAAGUUAUAAUGGCUAUAUAUGAACAAUUAUAUCAAGCUAUACAUGAUCCUAAAAAUGGUUACACUGAACCUCAAAUAAUAGUGCGAAGAACCCCUAAUGAAGUUAAAAAGUUACUGGUUUAAAGUGUAAUAAAAAUAUAAUCAGUUGUAAGGCACAUUUAUUUUCUUAUUG